AUGGAUAAUAUUAGCAAGUACUUGAAGGAGGAGGAUUACUACAUUAAGUUAAAAAUAUUGAAGAAGCAAAUUGACAUCUUGAACAUACAGGAGGAGUACAUCAAGGAGGAGCACAAAAACCUGAAGAGAGAACUGAUCAGGUCGAAGAACGAAAUCAAGCGCAUACAAAGCGUGCCACUCAUCAUAGGACAAUUUCUGGAUAUAAUAGAUAACAAUUAUGGAAUAGUGAGUAGUACGGCUGGAUCGAACUACUACGUUCGAAUUCUUUCUACCCUGAAUAAGGAAGACUUAAAACCAUCAGUUAGCGUGGCGUUGCACCGACAUAGUCAUUCUAUCGUGAAUAUCCUUCCAUCCGAAUCCGAUAGCAGCAUACAACUACUGCAAAUGAGUGAGAGACCAAAUGUCAAGUACACAGAUUUGGGAGGAUUAGACACACAGAAACAGGAAAUGAGAGAAGCAGUUGAGUUGCCUCUAAAAAGCCCAGAGCUGUAUGAAAAAAUAGGAAUAGAACCACCCAUGGGGAUCUUAAUAUAUGGACCACCAGGUACAGGAAAGACAAUGCUUGUUAAAGCAGUAGCGAACGAGACAAAAGUUACCUUUAUCGGUGUUGUGGGUUCUGAAUUUGUACAGAAGUAUUUAGGAGAAGGUCCAAGAAUGGUGAGAGAUGUGUUCAGACUAGCCAGAGAAAAUGCCCCUUCCAUUAUUUUUAUUGAUGAAGUAGAUGCAAUAGCGACAAAAAGGUUUGAUGCACAAACAGGAGCAGACAGAGAGGUUCAAAGAAUUCUUCUCGAAUUGCUCAACCAAAUGGAUGGGUUCGACAAGUCCACUAAUGUGAAGGUUAUCAUGGCAACCAACAGGGCCGAUACAUUAGAUCCUGCGUUGUUGAGACCAGGCAGACUUGAUAGAAAAAUUGAGUUCCCUCUCCCCGACAGAAAACAAAAAAGACUCAUCUUCCAGACCAUCAUUAGCAAGAUGAAUGUCAGCAGCGAUGUAAACAUAGAAAACUUCGUUGUCAGAACGGAUAAAAUAAGCGCUGCCGACAUUGCCGCCAUCGCACAGGAGGCAGGCAUGCAAGCUAUACGGAAGAACCGCUAUAUCAUCACAGCUAACGAUUUUGAACAGGGUUACCGCACACAUGUUCGAAAGCAACUACGGGAUUAUGAGUUUUACAACAUAUAA